AUGGCCGUAGGACUCGGAGAGACCAUUACAGUCAUCAACAAGAGCGGAAAAGUUGUGAGCAGUAGCAAGCACGUAUUUAACGUCUUCAAGGAGGCCAAGGCUGCCUAUCGUGAGCGCAAGGCGGAAAUCAAGGCAGAGCGUGAUGCUCAAGUCAAGGAGAGGGAGCUGGCCAAGGGCGUCAAGGCCGUCCGUAUCGACGAUGAUGCCCGCUCCCAUGUGUCGCACCGCUCGAAGAAGUCGCAUCACGCCAAGUCACAGUCCGGCCGGCCAGCAAUAGAGCGAGGCUACAGUGCGCCUGAAGGUCAGAACAUGGAGAUUGCCCGGCGCAGCUCAGAACAUCAGGUCCAGAAAAAACGCUCCAAGUCGGAAGCUCACAUCGACAUGGACCUCGCAUACGGCGAUGUCCCUCCCCCUCUGCCAGAUAAGAAGUAUGACGACCUUGAGCUCCAGGAAAAGGCGUCCAAGAUUGAACUCCUCCUCGACGAGGCCAACUGCCUGCAGCAUAGUGCCACAGCUAUGAUCGAGAACCUCCAGAAGAACCCCGAAGCCCUUGCUGCUGUCUCGCUCACCCUUGCCGAGCUCAGCGCCCUUGUAGGAAAGAUGGGUCCAGGCGUCCUGAUGACGCUCAAGGGCAGCUUCCCCGCCGUCGCUGCUCUCCUCCUUAGUCCUCAGUUCAUGAUUGCCGGCGGUGUCGCUGUCGGUGUCACCAUCGUCGCCCUUGGAGGAUACAAGAUCAUCAAGAAGAUUCAAGAGCAGAACGAUGCACCACCCCCACAGCCCAUGCUCGCACGUGCCGCCACUGCCCCGGUCUCUGCCCCUCCCCCUGUCGCCGCGAUAGAAGAUACCAACCUUGAAUUGGACGAACUUCAGCCCCAGGAACUCAGCCGUGUCGAGAUGUGGCGUCGCGGCAUUGCGGACGUCGAGGCAAACUCCGCCGGUACCAGUGUCGACGGCGAAUUCAUCACCCCCGGAGCAUCGCGUCAACUCUGCGAUGCUGGUGUCCUUGACGAAGACGAUCUCAAGUCCCGACGUAGCACUCGGUCUAGGAGAACCACCCAUAGCGAAUCAAAACACAAGUCACAUCGCACCAAGUCUGAAAAGACUUCAAAGACCACCAAGACCUCAGAGAGCAAACGCCCCUCGAGUAAAGCCCCCAGCGUGGCUCCAAGCAAGGCUUCAAGCAGGUCUGGCAAGGAGAGCAGCCGCAAAAAGGAAAAAGAGCCCUCUGGCUUGAAAAUGUUGUUCCGCGCGCACACUGUCGCCGUCUAA